AUGUCCAUGCAACAAGUUCAACAUUGUGUUGCAGAAGUGCUUCGAUUAGAUCCACAAGAAAAACCGGAUUGGUCGAGCGGAUAUUUAAAGAAGUUGACUAAUGCAACAUCGAUCUUAUACAAUACUUCACUGAAUAAGGUGAUGCUAAAACAAGAUGAAGAGGUUGCCAGAUGCCACAUAUGUGCAUACAUAGCAUCGCAAAAGAUGAAUGAAAAACAUAUGCCCGACCUUUGCUAUUAUAUAGACAGUAUUCCACUGGAGCCGAAAAAGGCCAAGCAUUUAAUGAACCUCUUCAGACAAAGCUUAUCUAAUUCUUCACCUAUGAAACAAUUUGCUUGGACACCGAGUCCCAAAAAGAAUAAGCGGAGUCCGGUGAAGAACGGUGACAGGUUUACUUCUUCCGACCCUAAAGAGUUGAGGAAACAACUGUUUGGUACACCAACUAAAGUUAGGCAAAGUCAAAAUAAUGAUUCGUUCGUAAUACCAGAACUACCGCCUAUGCAAACCAACGAAUCACCGCCUAUUACAAGGAGAAAGUUAGCAUUUGAAGAGGAGGAUGAUGAUGAGGAGGAACCAGAAAACAGCAAUUUAUCUCUGAAAAAUCAUAGUAAUAAAAGCAUUACCGGAAACAGGGAUGUAGAGAUUGAGGAGCAUGAAAACCAUGAAAGCGAUCCUGCAAGUGAGGAGGAACUGUCAGAUGUUCAAGGAAGCAAGAAAAGGAAAACCAAACAAAAUAAGGUAGUUGGAAAACCGCAAUCAGAAUUGAAGACGACAAAAGCCCUGAGGAAAAGAGGUAGAAUGCCUAAUUCGUUGUUAGUAAAAAAAUAUUGCAAAAUGACUACUGAAGAAAUAAUACGACUAUGCAACGAUUUUGAAUUACCAAGAGAGGUAGCAUAUAAAAUUGUGGAUGAGUACAAUAUAAACGCGUCAAGAUUGGUUUGCCCAUGGCAAUUAGUGUGUGGGUUAGUAUUGAAUUGUACAUUCAUUGUGUUCAAUGAAAGAAGACGCAAGGAUCCACGCAUUGAUCACUUUAUAAUCAGUAAGAUGUGCAGUCUGAUGUUGACGUCAAAAGUAGAUGAUGUCAUUGAAUGUGUCAAGCUAGUGAAAGAAUUAAUUAUUGGUGAAAAAUGGUUUAGAGAUUUGCAAAUUAGGUAUGAUGAUUUUGAUGGCAUCAAAUAUAAUGAAAUCAUUUUUAGGAAACUAGGGUCGAUGUUGCAAACCACCAAUAUCUUGGUCACAGACGACCAGUACAAUAUUUGGAAAAAAAGAAUCGAGUUGGAUUUGGCAUUAACAGAACCUCUAUAA